UUUGGAGAAAAAUGUCCGACUACGACAACGGCGACGACGAAGAGUACUCGUACAUGUCGGACGGGGAUGAGGUCAUCGAGGAUGGUAUGAGCUUAGUGGAGAAAGCCACGCAUCAUGAGUACCAAGUCGUGGACCUCGGCGUGCUCCAAGCGCAGCAGACCCACACGAUUGCUGAGACCUCCGACAUGCUGCAGGUGUCCAAGGACGUGGCGAUUCUGUUGUUGCGUCGAAACGGAUGGAGCAAGGACAUCGUUCAAGAUCGAUACUACGCUGCGGAAUCUCCUCUCGCCUUCUUGCAGAAGCAAGGGGUCGCGUUGGUGGACAAGUUGCAGUUGGGGGCGAAGAACGAUCUCGACUGUGGUGUCUGCGGUGACACUGUCAACUGUACAAAUGUGGCGAUCAUGGGAUGCGGUCAUGGGUACUGCGCCGACUGCUGGGCGGGGUACUUGCAGGCGAAGGUCGAGGAAGGUCCGUGCUGCCUCCUCACGACGUGCUUGGCGUACAAGUGCGACGAAGCUGUACCGGACACUAUGUUUCGCGCCGUUUUGGAGGGACCGAGCCUCGAGCAGUACACAAAGUGGCAUUUGCGGUCGUUCGUAGACCAAAACGGGUCGAUCACAUGGUGUCCGUCGCCCAAUUGCGGGAAUGCGAUCCGCGGCGAUGGCGGCGAGUGCUUUGCCUCGUGUGCGUGUGGGUUCCAGCUGUGUCUGCGCUGCGGCCAAGAGGCGCACCCUGGUGUGCACUGCGGUUUAUUGCGCGCGUGGACGGAGAAGUGCGCGGGCGAGUCGGAGAACGCGCGGUGGGUAGUAGCCCACACAAAGCAGUGCCCGAACCCCAAGUGCAGCGUGCGCAUCGAGAAGAACCAGGGGUGCAACCACAUGACGUGCAAGUCGUGUCAUCACCACUUUUGCUGGGUGUGCAUGGGUCCGUGGAAGGCGCACGGCGGCGACGCGUACUCAUGCAAUAGCUACAAGGACGAGCCUGCCACCGUCAAGACGGCGCGCACCGAGUUGGGUCGGUACCUCCAUUACAACGAGCGGUUUCUGAACCAUCAAAAGAGCGAAGCCAUCUGCAUCCGCGUGCGCGACGACGCCAAGGCGCAAGUGGACCAGCUCACGGACAUGAUGGUCGUGGACUUUCAGAACGUGCAGAAAGCGCUGGAGCUGCUCAUCGAGUGCCGCCGGACACUCAAGUACACGUACGCGUUUGGGUAUUACAUGGACGAGCACGGGUUCCACGCCAAGGAGAAAGCGCUAUUUGAGUUUUUGCAGGCCAAUCUCGAAGCCAACACGGAAGUGCUGACGGGACUCACGGAGACGCCCUUGGACACGAUGAACGUGGCUGACGUGAUCAACUACACGGCUGUGACAGAGAAGUUUCUCCAUGGUUUUCUUGACGGCGUCGAGAAUGGCUUGUGCGGCUGAGCCAUGGAGUACUAGUAUGUACUAGUAGUACGUAGCUAGCGCAUCCAUGAAGUAUAUUUAUAUGGUGUCGAUCGAUGGUUUGACGUUGCAUGGUGACGAAACGGUGUUGCUAUGACUGGUUCAAGGAGGAUGUAUGUAUACUGGUAGGGAGGAGUUUUAUCGGCUG